AUGGUUAUGUUGAAAGGGGCUGAGCAUCAGGCAAAAAAGGCUCGUACAGAUAGUGCUGAAAGUGAAAGUGAAAGCGACAAGGCUUUAGUUGCAGAUGCAUUCAAGUACAAGUUUGUGAACAGCCAGAAUUUCAUUGCCAACUUUCACAGUCACAUCAAAUUUUGUUUGUCAAAGUGUCAUGAGGACAGUAGCUAUUCCCCAUAUAUUGCACUAAUUCAGAGCUCCGGCUAUGGGAAGUCCCGCCUCAUUGCAGAGAUUGCACAAGAUGUCUAUGUUUUAUAUGUGUGCUUUCGGCCACCAAAGAGCACAGGCUAUCCUCCUCGGUCAAGCAUUGCAUCCAAGAUUCUUGAGGAGAUGCCCCUCCAACAAAUUAGCUGGUUUGAGAUGUUUUUGGAAAGUGCAGUUGCUGUACUUGGUCACAUGAUUCAAGAUGGUCUGACACCUUCCGAAUGUUGGGAAAUGCAGAUGGAUUCCAGCAAAGAGAGUGAAUUUUGGGCUAAUGUUACAACUAACUUACAACGUACACUCAAGACAAGUUCUCCAACAAUGGGUAGUCUUCUUGAGCAACUAUAUAUAACCUCUGAUGUACCCAUGCUCAAAUUUAUGCUGUGUCUAGAUGAGGCACGCAUCCUGACCACAACAAUCCAUGAAGCAAAGGAACGAUCUCUAUUCAGGAUUAUUCGACGUGCUUUGCAAGAUAUCGGAUGGAAGAACUUUAUAUGUGUCAUGUUAGAUACAGCUGGUUCUCUGUCCAAUUUUGCACCAACUGAGGAACGUGACCCUUCCCUACGGCUCCUAACUACCAAGCCACUUAAGUUGCUUCCGCCAUUCAUUGAUGUUUCAACAAUGGAUGCAUUGUUCACAGGACAAGUGGAGAAUCCAACUGACAGGUUUUUCCUAGGUCGUGCCUUAUGGGCUGCACUGCUUAAUUCUGGCUUGUCAAUUAAAAAGGCAGUUGAAACUGCACAAAGAAAACUACUUGGAGGCACUGUGAGCACUAAUUUGCAGAGUAUCCUUUCUACUGCUAAAGCAGUUGAUGAACAGUUGGCCAUGGCCAUUGCUAUUAUGUCUGUAUUAAUUUCUGUGGAUAUUUCACCACAACCACAUUUAUCACAUCUGCUAGUGAGUAGCUACAUGGCUACAUGUAUUUCCAUCAAAGAAGACAGAAGCCAAAUGCUUGUGAUGUAUCCAUCUGAGCCUAUCCUUGCUGAAGCUGCUUUUAGACUUGUAGACAGUGAUGCAACACUAGUGAAGGUCCUUCAGCUGUUUGCAGCAUCAUUUCAAUGUGGGUUUGUUGAUGCCGGCCACCGUGGUGAACUUGUUGCAAGGCUUAUCCUAAUCAUUGCAUGGCGAAAAUGCAUACAAAAGAGUCGGGGCAAAGAUGGACUUUACACAAGAGAAUUAUAUCUCAAGGAGUUCUUGUCUGCCUUGUUUGGCAAUCUUGAUGCCCUAGUCACAACUAAUGAUUCUUGGAAAGAGUUGAAACUGGAUAAACUAUUACUGGAAUCCAUUCUAUGCUUUACCCAUUUCAUACAGGUAGAAUACACUCCAGACAGCAGAUUACUUGAACGACUGUUUAGACGGGGUGCAGCUGCAAUCCUGAAAUUCAACCAACCUGGUGUUGACCUUCUCAUCCCACUCAAACAACGGGAUGCUCAAUUCACAUAUGUUACAAUAUCAGUAAAGAACAGAGAUGUUUCAUGGGGAGGUGCUGAUUACACCAAAGACUCAACCUAUAAGAUGAAGCCACAGUAUAUAUUCAGAGGAAUGGAUCUUGCAAUGCUGCCAUCACUCCCGCACCUGUGUUUCUAUUGGUCCCUGCGUGACAAGAGGGAAGGAUUUCAUCGGCCUGAGUGGAUGAAGCAAGAUGAGUCUGACCAACACUUAGCUGUCUUCUCAAUGGCACCAUUUGUCUGUCUUUCUCCUGAGAUUAGAAAAGAGCUGGGUGUGAUACUAAAAGCCUAUGUUAAUCCAUUUGAUGACAUGUGGAACAGUAAGAUGGUUAUGGACAGAACGGCAAUAGUGAAAAGUUUUGUUCCGUCACGUUAUUCAUGA